UCUCAAGUGCUAACAAGUGCUCACCCACAAGAUACAAUAUCCAUAAGAUACAAUAUCUGAUUAACUCUCUCUCUUUAAAUAAGCUAAGAAAACGCUCUGCAAAAUGCUCGUCGGCUCACAUCCGUAUCUAUGCAAUGGCGUUCUGCCGCCCGUUUCCGCUGUUGUUGCUCCCAACAGCAACAACAACAGCAACAGCAACACAGCCACGGCAACAACUACAACAACAACGAGCAACAAAAGUGCCGCCGGCUCAGCAACGGAUUUCUCCAUAGCUGCAAUCAUGGCACGUGAAGAUGCCUCAAGUCGGGAAUCCUCAGUGCGCAGUGCAAGUCCCAUUUCGGUUGAGGAUGAGGUUGACGUUGAUGUGGUUGACUGCAGCGAUGCUGAAGAGCCGCCAACAAAGGCGCGUCGUCUUAACCACCACCAUCAUCACCACCAUCAUCAUCAUCACAGUCACCACAACAACAAUAACAACAAUAAUAAUAACAACAACAGUGUGGCACACAUCAAGAGUCGCAACAACAGCAACGGCGCCAAUGUUGCCACCGCCGAAUCUCAGCUAAACACAAGUUCCACAAGCAGCCAAGGACGCUGCUCGACGCCACCACAAUCUCCGGGCACGGAGGACAGUGAGGAGCGUCUGACACCCGAACCGGUGCAGAAGGCACCCAAAAUUGUUGGUUCCUGUAAUUGUGAUGAUCUCAAGCCGGUGCAAUGCCAUUUGGAGACCAAAGAGCUGUGGGAUCGCUUUCACGAAUUGGGCACCGAAAUGAUCAUUACCAAAACUGGAAGACGCAUGUUCCCCACAGUGCGAGUCUCAUUCUCGGGUCCAUUGCGUCAGAUACAACCUGCCGAUCGCUAUGCCGUGCUGCUGGACAUAAUCCCAAUGGACUCGAAGCGCUAUCGUUAUGCAUAUCAUCGGUCCGCUUGGCUGGUGGCUGGCAAGGCAGACCCCGCCCCUCCCGCCCGCCUCUACUCCCAUCCCGACAGCCCCUUCAGCUGCGAGGCGUUGCGCAAACAAGUUAUCUCCUUCGAGAAGGUCAAGCUGACUAAUAACGAAAUGGAUAAGAACGGACAGAUUGUGCUCAACUCGAUGCAUCGCUAUCAACCUCGAAUCCAUUUGGUGCGCUUGGCCCAUGGCCAGAGCAUACCCAGCAAUCCCAAGGAGCUGCAGGAACUGGACCACAAGACCUAUGUGUUUCCGGAGACGGUGUUUACGGCCGUGACGGCGUAUCAAAAUCAGCUGAUUACCAAAUUGAAAAUCGAUUCGAAUCCGUUUGCCAAGGGAUUUCGUGACUCGUCUCGUCUGACGGACUUUGAUCGUGAUCCGAUGGAGGCGUUGUUGUUGGAGCAACAGUUGCGUUCACCGCUGCGACUGUUCCCCGAUCCGUUGAUGCAACAGUUUGCGGCACAACAGGGUGGCGCCGAUCCCGCCUCGAUGGCGCUGUUCGAGAAGGCGCGUCAGCAUCUGCAAAUGUUUGGCGGCAACUCGCCAUAUGCCCAACUGAUGAUGCCACAAAUGUACCAGGCAGCGGCGGCGGCUCCCCCACCUCCCGGACUGGGCGCCUUUCACAUGUUCCAGCAGCAAUGGCCGCAGCUAACCGCCGGCUUCUUGGCCAGCGCCAAUCAGCAGGCAGCCGCCGCCCAAGCCGCCGCUCAGGCGCAAGCGCAGGCGCAGGCAGCGGCCGCUGCGAUGGCGGCCAAUCGGACACCACCUCCGCCGCCCACUGCCUCCACGCCCUCGUCCACAUCCUCGGGAUCACCGUCGCCCGAUAUGCGGCCGCGUCAAUAUCAACGCUUCAGUCCAUAUCAUCUGCCAGCGCAGGCAGCGCCGCCGCCGAUGCCGUCGGCAGCGGGAUCGCCGUCGGGGGCCGCCUCCCGCAGCCCCGCCCACUAGGCAAUCAGCUGACACUUGCCCAAGAACAGUAUUAAUCCAAAAAGAAAACGAAAAAAAGAAAACAACUAAGUAAAUGUUAAAAAUUAUUUGUUAUAUUUGCUAUCUCUCUCUCUUUCUCUUGCUCUUGUCUCGGUCUAUCUCGCUCACUCUUUCUCACAUUGUUUUCCCCAAAAUUACCAUUUUGUUGUAUAAAAUUUCAUUUUCGACCCAUGUACAGUUAAAAUGUUGCUCUAGAAAAUUAUUGUAAAUUACUUAAAACAUAUUGUAAAAAAAAAAAUGUUUCAAUGUUGUUCGAAAACUCAUCUCAGUGUAAAGUUUAAAGCAAAAUUCAACAAAAAA